UUUGGUAGGCAACUCCAUCUUCACCGCGUCAUCGAUUGACCCCCCUCGAGCUGCGCACGCGUCGCGCGACCGUAGGGCACUCGAUGGAAUCACCACCAACUCCUCCCGCGUUACAUACCACAUCACCCUCCGAUUCAGACUUGCAGCCGCUAUCACUGCACCAAAUACUCUGCCUUCAUCCGCGAGAACGGCUUUUGGUGCACCCGGUCCAAUGGACAAGUCGCCACCUCGAGUUGCUGAACUGCUCGUUUGAGCUGCCCUCUCCCGCUGUCCUUAAGAGGGCGCGUCUCUGCCCCCCAUUCAACGAACGAAAGGCUGGGGGCCGAGCGCGGCGCUUCGCAACGACAUUCGGUCUUGGAGGUCGAAGACAUGCGAUAGAAACGCUUCUUGAGGACGAGAGUGGCCCGUUGACUGCAAUCAGGGGUGGAUUCAACUUCUUUUACCGCCGGCGCUCCAUCGGUAAAUUGCCGUGUGUUGGCUUCUCCCUCCCACCCGAAUCGAGUGAUACGUAUGGGCUACCUAUCGCCGCGUGGACCGAGUUUCGACUCAUUGAGGACCGCCGCGCCCAGAGGUCCGAGAACGCCGUGUGGCAAGAGAACCCUCUUGUCAGCCGCUUAGAGUGGCUCCGGUGGAAAGCUGUGACCCCGAAAGAGCCAUUGCAUGACCCCUGUAUCCUCGCGCUGCUGGUCGCUGUGGCGCAGGGGCAACAGAUCGUCGCCGAACAAAAUGAAGGGCAGACGAACCGGCCUACAUAUCGGGCCCACGUUAUUUGGACGGAUGUCAGAGACGAGGAACAUGCGCAUGUUUUCACUGCCGAUAUCCCCUCCGCCUUGCUCGACAUGUUCGACUACCCCUCCUUCGUGCCCCCGGCACCAGUAUCCGUCUCGAUCCGACGUAGGACCGUGCCACUAAAACCGUAUAAGAAGCUUUAUUCCCGGUUGCUUUCCGUCAUACUUCCAGCCUCAUACAUCAGUACCCGUACGGAGCCGAAGGCGAAUGCAGACGGUAAUGACGGGCCCCGGACAAUACCCCCAGAACAACCGCAGGAGAACAUGGACCAGGCGAUGCAGGAAGGACAGGGUGUGGUGUUGACGCAGCAACCCCAAGACCAAGGAUGACCGUUAUGAUCUCGUUUUGAUCUUGAGUCGGGCUGUCAUCAGCUUGUCUAUCUAGGUAGGCGACACGGGAGGUCUACUAAGAAAGAUGACUAG